CCCCCUACUCCGUAGCUACUUUGAAAUUUUUAUUCAUUCUGUUAAGUGUCGGAAAGUGGAGAAAUAAGCUGAAAAUAUUAUCGGCAAUAAAUAUACUUGACCAAUUUGCACAACCGAUUUCCAUAGUUAGAAUGGAGUCUUCAAAAAAUCAAUAUCGUGUGAUGAAACGUCUAAUUGAACAUGGAUCAAGAGUUAAUCCUAGAGAAAGCCGUAAUCGUACUCCUUUACAUGAUUUGCUGGAAGCGAUGCACGAAGAUUUUCAAGAGCGCACAAUUCAUCUAUUACUAUCAUAUGGAGCAGAUGUGAAUGCAGUUGAUAAUGAAAAUACUAGUAUUCUAAGAGAAGCUCUAAUGAACCCCUGUGUACCUUUAAGUUCCAUAAUUAUGCUACUUGAGUUUGGGGCUAAUGCUAAUGACUGUGCAAGAUUUUUAGACAAAAACAUGCCUGUAGCGAAACUUUUGUUACAGUAUAUUCUCAUCAAAAGAAUAUCAAAUGCUGAACUAGAACCAAACUUGACUGAUUUUAGUACCUAUUCUUCUUUGUUGAAUUUGAAAUUUUGUGAGCAUUUAGAAUACUAUGACGAGUUGGUUGCAUACAAACAGGGUUGCUUAAAAGAAUUAAAUGCGAUGAGGGGAGAAAGGAUAAGUAAAAAUUAUACUCUAUUUUCGUAUAUAAAUGAGAGAUGCAGUACUGCGAAAAUGAAUGAAGAUGAUUUAAAGACAUCUCUUACUGAUAAAGUUUUAUCAAAAUUUAAUCAAUAUCCUUAUUGUGAAGAUCUUAUCAUUGCUUCUUUGAAAAAAAGGUGCAUAUUAGAAGUAUUAAGUAAUGAGAAAAUUUACACUUGGCAGCAGAUAUCCGAUUCUUCUUUAGACAAAUUUAAAGUAACUUUAAACAGUGAUACAAUUAAAACAUUGGCAACAUAUUUAUCUAAAAUUGAUAUGAUAAAUCUCACUUUAGCCUACAGAUGUGGUAAUAAAGCUUCUUUGGAAUCAACAGAGAGAGAAAAUCGCGAAACACAUGAUUUAGAACGCUGUACGAAACGUCAAAAAGUUUCUUAAUGGCAUGCAGAAGGUUCUUGGAGAGCCAAACAGAGAUGGCAUCUAGCCAAUAAAGGCUCAUUCAUUCAAUUUACAAAAUUAAAUGUCAAUAAAACUUUGAGCAUUUAAAAGAUAUGUAAGAAUUUUGUCUUUGAUCUAUAGGUUUAAUUGUGCAUGUUUUAAGUCUUUUUUUUUUUUAUCCUUUUUUUAAACUAUUUAAGGAUAAGUACUAUGGAUGUACUAUAAAGUAUUUGGAAACUAUUGAUUUUUGCUGUAGUGAUUUUUCCAGAGAUUUUUCGUGAGAAUGUAAACAAACAAAAAUUGCUUCGAUUUUUAAAUCAAUUUUUGAAAAUUUAUGCGAUUCACCCAUUCUUUUCAAUUCCUAUGAUGAAAGGUCAACAGAAUGGUGGUAAUAACACAUAUAGUAAGACUAAAAAAACUAAAUAUAUUGUGUAAAAUAUUUCUACUACUCAUUCAGCUGGCAUUAGAAAUAUCUAUGAUAAUCUUUAAUAUAUAUAUAAUAUGAUAAUCUUUAAAUCCUAAUCUUUUAUCAUAUAUAAAUAAUAACAAUAAUCUUUAAAUCCUAAUCUUUAAUCAUAUAUAAAUAAUAAUAAUAAUCUUUAAAUCAUAAUCAUAUAUAAAUAAUAUGAUAAUCUUUAAAUCAUAACAUCCACAAGAGAGUAUAGUCUUGGUUAGCCUCAGCAAAAACCAACUGAGACAUUAUGCGAACCUAUAACAUUUUGAAAUGCAAUUAGUUAAGUACACACAUAUUAUUCCAUAACAUUGCUCUUAAUGUAUAUUUUUUAAAAUUUUUAUCAAAAAGGUAUGCAUCAAGGGUUAUAAAUAAUUAUUGAAUUA